AUGCAUGAUCUACUCCCAUUGGCCAACGAGUGGGCCUUGUUGGACGCGUUAGGACUACUAAUCGAGGAUGAAAUAUACUUACGUACUAUGUCCGUUAGUCUUGAUCCUGGCAAUCCAUGGUGCAACGAGAGCAGUAUCUCGACAAAUGGUACGACAUUCUUUGACUGUGGAGACUGGGUUUCAGGACACUUGGUAGUCAUGAACACAAGCUCUCCGCUAGCAGGAUCUGUGUUCGAUACGUCUCGCGACCAAACAGUUAUCGCUCAUCUCCGUGACCCUAGGGAGUAUUUAAAUAUCACACAAGAUCUCCUCAACGAUGUCUUAACGAUCAUCGCCAUCUCCGCUAUCUCCCUUGGGGCCUGGUGGGAUAUGGUACCCAUCACUACUACCCGAUACGAAAGCACAUAA